CGGAACUCGAAACAUCAAUGGUAUCAAUGGGGUCCGCAGCCAAGUGAAUGGGAGAUCAACAGGCCGUUGAGGAGCUUUGGGAUGAUUGGGAUGAUGCGGAUUUUGAUGACCAGGAUGGUGAGCAACUUCCCUGCACCUUGAACUACGCCUUUGUGUGCGUGUGUCUACCUGCAUUGAAUGGCGCUCUCAAUGCUUUCGUUUGGCCAGCGUACACUUUGCACUUCGACCAGCAGGGUUGGUCCCUGGUCACAGCUGGUUUGGCAGUGACCAUUGGUUUCAUUUUGCGCAUGACCACGCAGCAAAUGCAGCUCUACACUGGCUAUUGGCUCAUCGUCCCUUUGAAUGUCAUCCACUUAGCUUUUGCAGUCAUAGGCAUGCUUUACCCGACCACCGAGUGGGCCGUUUGCGCUCAGAUUGUCGCAGUGCAGGGUAUCGACCCAACGUGUGCUGUGGAAGGCAUAGCUUUUGAUACCUUUGGUCAAUCAGAAAUCCAGGCCAGACAGGCCUCAUCGACGGUGCUGUCAGUCUUCACCAUUGCGGUUGCACUCAGUUGUACGCUGGGUGGAUUCAUUUUCGACUUCGCGGGGUGGUUUGGUAUUUCAAUCUACCACAGCGUUUGUGAAGGCACGCUUCUGCUGAUUUUGAUCAUUCAGCCAGCGUGCAGAAACUCCUUCCGGGAAGUCUUUUUCUCACCGAAGGAUGAAGUCUUGGAUGAAACUGAAGGGUUAGAUGCAGAGAAAGGCUUUGCCACUGUGGUCCCAGCACCAAAAGAAACCACAAAGGAAACCACCAAGGAAACUACCAAGGCAGCCACAAAGGAAGUCAAUGAAGCCCCUUCAUUGCCCGGUGCUGUUGAUGAGCCUGAAGCAGUUGAAGAACCCAGUGCUGCGGCGCCGCCAGCGGAUAGCCUUCAGGUCGAGGACAUCAAGGACGAAAAGGAUGAGAAAACGAUCGAACCCGUGGGUGCAGCUUUGGCCCGAAGCAGCGCGGCAGCGCCAACGAGCGAGAAAAACCAUACACCAACGUCCGCCCGCACCUCGGAGGGCCCGCCGCGCAGCUCGCAGGCGCUACGCGGCAGCCAGGCGUGCCAGGCGCGCCAGGCGCGCGCCAGCGGCCGCGUCAGUGGCUUCGUGCCGCGCAUCACAACGAAGUCCACAGGAACGGAUGGAGAGGCGGUACCUCGAUUGACCAUGCGUAGCAGGUCUGGGCGCUACAGCUGCCAUACCUUUGGCAGCAGAAGCACCGUAAAAACCGGCGCCACUGUAAAAACCGGCGCCACAGGAAAAACCGGCGCCACAGGAGUCCGGCGUCGCGGAAGGGCAAGUGGGCGCAGUGCGCACACCAUGCGCACGGCGCUGACGGCGUUCUCCAGUUUGACGAACCUGAGCCGUGCCGGGCACGACUUCCAGCACCACUUGGGGACCAGCAUGGCGUUGCAGCCCCAGAUCCUUGGAGCCACCGGACAAAGCGCAGUGAUGCGAGAUGAGGUUCUUGCUCUUGACGAGCAGGGGGUGGCGGUUGAAAUUGAAGCUCCAAGCACAGGAAAGAUUCCCAAGGAUGUCAGAUUACCGGCCUUCUUGAUCGUGCUGAAUUGCUUUCUCAACACGGGCUCCUACGUCAUCGAGUUUGCCACGUUUGCCAUCUACUUCAAGCAGGUCCACAAUUGGACCGACGCAAGUCUUGCCAGUAUGGCCCAGACAGCUGGCGACGUCAUGGCCGCGAUUUCAAUGCAGGUGAUCCCUGUUUUCUUCAACACAGACUAUGAUCCAGAUGAUCUGGGCACUUGCAAGCGACGCUUGCACUACUUCUUCAGUAAACCCUACAACCUUAGCUUCAUCAUACUGACUUGGAUCAUUUGGAACCUUGGGAUGAUGAGUCCAUGGUUGCCAGUGGCCAUAGUCUCGCAAGUCUUCAUGGGCACCAGCUAUGUUUACGGCUCCAAGUGGGCAACAGAGAUGAACCUGUACUAUUCCCUGGGCGAUUCCAAGCUCUUCCUAACCUUCCAGGUCUAUUGCCGCACGGCGGAAUCCUUCGGCGGGGUCCUGGGUGGCCUGUUGGGCACCUGGCUUUUUACCUUGGACCCGGCAGCACCCUUCGCCUUUUCCACUGCCUUGGCAUGUAUUGUCUUCGUGCUGUAUACUGUUGGGUUUUGCAUACGUCUGGGCUUUGGCGAUGACAUUGAAUUGGCGGAAGAGAAGCGAUCGCGUCGCAGGGGAAUCAAACGCGUGAGCAGCUGGAGAAAAUCCGAGAUCAACGCGAAUCGAAAAUCGAUGGACUCAGAAGCCGCAUGAUGCAGCUGGGAAGGGCCCAACAAAACGUUGCUUUGUUCCAAUGUCCGCUUCAGCAACUACGGAUCAGCAACUACGCUUCAGCAACCACGACUCAGCAACCACGGCUCAGCAACCACGGCUCAGCAAC